AAAUGCCAAAGUGCAUUAUUAAAAAAUGCCAGAGCAAAACCGGACAAAAAGACACCAAUCCAGAAGUAACUCUUCACGUCUUUCCUAAAAAUCUUGAAAGAAUAAAGCAGUGGCUGGAAGCGACAGGACAGACUUUCCAAGAUCUCGAUGCAAUUUCAAAAGUGGUUCUAGACGACAGUUUUCGGAACAAUUACAGACUUUGUUCAAAACACUUUGCGGCAAGUUGUUACGUCCCUAAAGGGGGUAAAAUUAUCUUAAGGGAUGAUGUCGUGCCUACUAUAUUUGAAACGGGAGGGAAAGAACAAGUGGACGAAAUCAUAUUUUACAGACCAGCAAAAAAAUUAAGGCGAGAAAAAGAAAAACAAUUAGAGCAAAUGAAUGCUGCCGCCGCUUCAGGUUUGAUACGGAUUUGUGUGGAAGCAAGUACAUCAACUGAUGAUCUUGUUGAAACGAGGGAUUUUGGUACACAAACUGACUCUCCAUUUGCUCUGUGUGUUUCAACUCAAUGUCCAGAAGUUCAGUAUACUGUGGCUGACAAAUGUGCUUUAGAACGAGAUCACAGCUAUUCAAAGAAAAUGAGUUAUACAGAGACAAGUGAAAGUGAUUCUGAGAUGUCGUUCACAUCGACGCCAACAAAAGCAAGUGGUCCGACGGUCAGUGGAGUCUUAAAUAAUCAACACCAAGUUGUAUCCGAGGACGGAACAUGCCUUUCUUUAAAAGAUCUACCUCUGGAAUUUGUUUUUGAACUGCACGAUGGAACACCUUUACAAACAGGACCGUCCGUUAUUUGUAAUACUGAUGGGAUGAAGGAAAAUAUUAACGAACCCGACAGUGCGAUGGAUUUUACCGUAUCCUCUUUCCACAAACCUGUAGCAAUGAGUAAAGAGAAGAAAAUGAUCAAUGAACGAAAAUUUGUAGUAUUCGAGUCAUGCCUCGAUGACCUUUUGUUAAAAAUGAGUUGUGCAUCAAAGAUGAAAUGUAAUGCGCCUGUAAAGAGAACAUUAAAGAAAGUCGAGGGCACUUUCCUUUCAGUUACUGGUUAUUGCUCCAAAGGUCACAAGUUUCCUCUUUGGCAGAGUCAGCCUCGACUCUCAAAAUUUGCAGUCGGAAACCUACUAUUUUCAGCAUCUGUUUUGUUUAGCGGAAGUAACUUUAGGAAAGUGGAAGAGAUGAGCAAUAUUCUUGGUUUGCAAAUUAUCUCCGAAAGCGCAUACCGUGGGUUCCAGAACAAGCAUCUAUACAAAACAAUUUAUCAUCAUUGGCAGAUAGAGCAGGGGAAUUUAAGAAAAGAGAUGCGUCCUAGGUUAUUGUGCCUGAGAAGUGACAGACAUUCUAAUAGCACUGGACACGCAGCCAUGUUUUGUAAUUACACACUGAUGGAUUCGGCAACCAAAAAAAUUGUAGACUUUCAAACGGUACAAUUAAGUAAAGGGGCCUCUUCUGCCACCAUGGAACAAGAUGCUUUCCAAUUGUGUCUUGACAGGGUAUUGGACAACGAUUACGAGGUCCACAUAAUGGCGUCUGACAAAGAUGAUGGAAUAAAAACGCUAAUGACCGAGAAAUACCCAGAUAUUAGCCAUCAAUAUGAUGUCUGGCAUUGCGCAAAUAGUUUGAGAAAUAAAUUGCUAGCUGCAAGCCAAAAAGAAAAUUGUAAAGACUUGGUAGAUUGGGUGACACCAGUAAUAAAACAUUUUUGGUGGUGUAUACAGACAUGUGACUGCAAUAUUGAAAGUCUUAGGGAGAGGUGGGACUCUGUUCUGUAUCAUGUGAUUGAUCAACACACAUGGGAAGGAACAAGCUUGUAUCAUGCAUGCUCACACGAAACAAUUCGUGAAAAAGAAAAGAAAAAAAUUAAGUGGUUAAAAAAAGCAAGCCCAGCAUUCUUUCAGCUUCAUGACAUUGUCAGGGACGCUCAACUACAAAAAGACUUGAAUAGCCUUACCAUGUACUGUCAUUCGGAUGCAAUUGAUGCAUUCCAUAGCCUAAUGUUAAAAUAUAGAACAAAAUGGGUCCACUCAGGAUUGGAUUCAGCAGAGGCCCAAACUGCCCUUGCAGUACUAGCACAUAAUUUUAAUGUAGACAGGAAACAGGCUGUUGAGGAAGUGCCAUACAGAGGUUCAGAACCUGUAAGCAUGUUACGAACUAGGCUUGAGGACUUGAGAUCACGAAAAAGAUGGAUAGUCCAUUUUGUAAAUGAACCUAUGUCUAACGCACACGUUGAAGACAUGCUUCACAGCCUACUUCUGAUAUCUUCUGGAAAACUUCAAACAAGUUGGUUUUCAAAGUCGUCAUUAUUGACACCUAAUAUAAUGGAAGGUCCAAGAGAAGAAAAGCACAUCUCCGGAAUUAAAAGAAAAUCAUGAAGAAGUCAGUUCGGAAAAAACGUUAAUGUUGCAGGUACCUGACUACAUUGCAAAUUACAGUGGGAAUUUGGAAGGCCAUUGAGCUGCAUUGUGGUGAUUCAUUUCUUCCAGCACCAUGCGUGAUGUUAUAUUAAUGAUGUAAAAUGUUAUUUGGGUAACAUUAACAGUGAUCAUAGUUAGCACACACAAUACAAAGGAUAACGUUGUCUAACUAUUACAGUAAUAAAAUACCAAUACAGUAACAGAUCGCAACUGUCACAGACAAUGGAUGCCAUGUGAUAGCCCCAAUGUGCAGGACAGUGUUAAACUGGUGCA